CUGUUAUCAGGAGGUGUGGAGGUGCCAGAGUUCGGGGAGCCAAUCACCAAUCUGACAGUUCCCAUCGGGCGAGACGCAACAUUCAAGUGUAUAGUCGUCAAUUUAGGCAAUUAUCGGGUUGGCUGGGUGAAAGCGGACACAAAAGCGAUCCAGGCUAUCCACGAACACGUAAUCACGCACAACCACAGGGUGUCCGUAUCACACGCUGACCACUCAACGUGGUAUCUUCACAUAAAGAACGUGCAAGAAGAGGACCGCGGCCAGUAUAUGUGCCAAAUAAAUACCGACCCUAUGAAGAGUCAGAUGGGCUAUCUCGAAGUAGUUAUACCCCCUGACUUUAUACCGGAAGAAACUUCUGGAGAUACGAUGGUACCUGAAGGUGGAACGGCACGUGUCUCCUGUAGAGCAAGGGGGAUUCCCCCGCCGAGAGUGAUGUGGAAACGCGAAGAUGGCCAAGAAAUAGUCGUGAGGGACGCUACUGGGGCAAAGACAAAAGUGCUUACAUACCAAGGUGAGGUAUUAAAGUUGACCAAGAUAUCGCGUUCCGAAAUGGGCACGUACUUAUGUAUAGCCGGUAAUGGAGUGCCGCCCACAGUGAGUAAGCGGAUGCACAUAAGUGUACAUUUUCACCCAGUAAUCCAAGUGCCAAAUCAGUUGGUUGGUGCGCCGCUCGGCACCGACGUUACUCUCGAAUGCUACGUCGAAUCUUCGCCAAAAUCCAUCAACUACUGGGUCAAAGAUCCCGGUGAGCUGAUAAUACCAUCUGAACACCACGAGAUGACUGUCAGACAAAAGUCGAUGUUUGAAGCUGAGAUGUCCAUGACUAUAAAGAACAUCAGGCGAGAGGAUCUGGGAAGUUACAUAUGUGUAGCGAAAAAUUCUCUUGGCGACGUUGAAAGCAAAAUCCGAUUAUACGAAAUACCAGGAAACGACAGACACGUAUAUCAAUACCCUGAUGAAAGAACGACUUCGGACGAUGAAUACGGCACAGAAGUAUAUGACGAUGACUUCGAGGACAAAGAAAAGAAAAGUAAUCGAGUCCCAGAUCGUGCUAACAAAUGGUACUCCAACGAUGGUAAGCUCAUCGUGACUGCUAACAACGCGAUAGGCGUUCUGUCAGAUGCUUAUAUCAUUACUCUAGUUAAUGUACUCAAAUUCUUAGCAUAA